UGUUUCGCUCGCGGCAAUUUCUCUCGCCGUCGUUCGUUGCAUCGUCCGCGUCGUGUGUUUACUAGGAUGCGCGAUUACCGACCGAGUGCUCUCCACCAUCACGCCCGUCAUUCCUUUUUUCUUUCUCUUUUUUACACACGUGCAUCAAGCUUGGGGUAUGCCCGGGUACGUUCCCGCGUUCUCUCCGAUCUCUCUCGCUCUUCGAAUCCUCGUCGCUGUGUGGCCGCCCGCCUGCCUCAUCUGCUACGUGUCACCUCGCCGUCGACGGACUCGUCAUCGUCUCGUCACCGCUCUCCCUCGGUGGUGCUCACAGUGAUAUAUUCUACGUGUGAUCGAGCUUUCGACGUCUCUUCGCGCAUAUUUGUGCUCCAAGAGUCCAGCAAUGUGAAGCGCCCAGCUACAUAGUCGGCGUUUCGAGAAAUCCCGAAAAUAACGCACCUAUUAAUAGGGGAUAUCUCUCUCGACGCCGCUCCGUGUGUGAACUUGAAGAUAGCGGGCCGACGGAUUCGCUCGCGAGGAGGGAUUACUGCUGGUGUUGGAAGAGAGGAAAUUCUCGGCCACUGAGGUCGGCACUCGCCAACUUGGAUGGAAACGACGGCGAGAAGAAGGAAACGUGGAGGCGGCGGCACGCAGAGGGUAUCGAGAGAGGCGCGUCGUUUGGUCGCGUAAAAGGCGGAUGAAGGAGAGGAGAGAAGGAUUCACACCAUUCGUUGGAAUCUUGUCGGAAGCGCGCGAUCACGGGACCGAGAGUGUUUUCCUUCUCGGACUUUUGGCUGUUUCACGAUUUUCUACGAAGAUCGCAGCGGAAGCGGCGACGCGAACAACAGACCGAGAAGGAAGAGAAAAAAGAGACGUGAGGUGAUUCUUCUUCGGGCGGUGUCUAUGCGUGGGUGUGUGGUGCCGCGUGACGGUGCACGUUGCACGCGUGACAGUGCGCGGGUGCGACAGGCAAAGUAAAGGAGGAAAAGAGAAGGGGAAGGGGGCGAAGAAAAGAAGAAGACGACGAAGGGUGAAGUAAAUACACGCAAGUGCGAGACGACGGAGACGCGCAGGAGGAAGAGAAAGCGGGCCAAGGGGACGACGAGUGUCCUCCGCGCGCGCGCGCGCGCACGAGACGCGAAUUAUGCUGCGGUGUGACGUGGUGCGAGUCGUCUUACGGAUUGACCGGUCGAUUGAAUUCUCUAAAUAGGAUACGCGCCACUGCCGGCGUUCCCGCGUGUGUGUACAUAUGUGUCAGGGCGCGCGUGUGUGCGUCGUGACUGCCGCACGAAGGAAUCGUCGUCGACGUCGUUCACGCCCGGCCAGGCCGGGCCGGUGAAUCGCCGCGUCCGCGCCGGCGGAUCGACCUGCCGCGGGAAACUUUGGAUCCGGUUCGCUUUCCACGGCUGACGUCAUUACCGUUCACAAUGCGCUAGGGGUGAUGGAGACAGUGGGCAAGCAAGUUCAGGUAGUGAGCGGACUGGGGGGUCCGGUGGGCCCAGUUGGGGGAGAUUUGCAUCAUCAUCAUCACCCACACCCGCACGCCCAUCCUCCGCACCCGCAUCCCCACCCCCACGGUCAUCCCCAUGGAUCCCACGGCCACUCGCUCGUCGGCGCGACGUCGAACCCCGGUAGGGGUCAAGCCCAACCACCCGUCUCGCAUAAUCAGCACUUACCUGCGAGGUCCACUCCUGUACAGCUGCAUAGGCCAACGCAGAGCUAUGUCAACAUCAAGAGCAGCAGUCCAGUGUCUCCGAGGACGGUAGGAACGGGAGCGACGUACGUGCAGGGUGGCGCUGCCGCAUCUUCCGCGACAGCCGCGGCCGCGGCCGCUGCUGCGACCGCGGGCGGCCCUGCCGUCGUCGCUGGAGUUAGCACCGCCACGAGCAGCAACAGCGGUGUGGUUGGUGUUUCGAACGUUUUAUCUGUAGCGGCAGGUGGCAACAGCGUGAGCAACAAUAACGCGAGCAACGGUAGUGCGGGCAACAACAGCGGCGGCAAUAGUGGCAGCAAUGGCAGCGGCGGCGGCGGCGGCGUUGCUGGUAGCGGCAGUAGCAACAACGGCAGCGGCGGCGGCGGCGGCGGCGGCGGUGGCGGUACCGCGAGUGGCACUCCUUACGUCACCGUACCAUCGAUGCUCCGUUACAUUCAUUCCUAUCCGCCGACCUCGGUGUCGGCGCCGGCGGUAGCGGCGGUCGUCACCACCGCACCGUCGCCGGCGGCACCCGUGCCCAUACCCGCGCCCGCACCUGCACCCCCUCCGAGCCAGCCGACCGUCAUCGCUAGCCAAACACCACCGCCACCUCUCACUGGGACUGCCUAUUCCGCGAGAGACGCGUACCGCGCCAACACCACGAACGUGAAUGAGAGGAUCGCUAUCAGCGUGAGCAACAGUCCUCUGUCGCAAGUUGGUGUUGGGGUAGUGGCCGAGUACAGCGGCAUGGGAACCGGUGGCAGAGGUGAUCGGCCGAGGAUAUCCCUUUUACCGCCUACCGGCUCCUCGGUAACGCCGAUACCGUCGCCAACUGCGGCCGCCGCGUCCGAGUAUCAACAGCACGCGGCGGCGGCAAGAAACCCGGCACGGGUAGGCCUCAUGCCCGUCCAACCGGAUCAGUAUUGUACUCGCACCGCCAUCGACAUGGCUAGUCUGCAGCAAGACACGCCGCCCUUUAAAAAGAUUCGUUUGGGCCAGCCGCACCAGCAGGUCCAGCAGCUGCAAUCACAGUCACAGUCGCGCUGUCAGAGCUUGUCGCCCGCGGAUCCUUGCGGCGGUAAGCAGGAACAGCAGCAGCAGCAGCAGCAUGUACAAUUGCAGCAACCGCUUAGGAUAGAUACCAGGGAGCAGCCUGCCGUGGGUGCAUAUACGCCGCAAACGGAAGCCAUUUCGCCUACUCUUCCAGAACCGAAUACACAAGAGGAUGCGCUUAGAAGUACGAAGGAUGAGCUCUUGCAGCAAAUCGGCAAAGUCGAUAGAGAAAUCGCUAAGAGAGAAAAUCAAUUGAAUAUGUUGCGGAAGAGGAUAAAAGAAUUGGAAGAAGCAGCGAAUAAACCUCUGGAAGCAAGUGGUCUUAAACGUAAUGUUGAGGAACAGUCACAACAACCAAAGCAUCAAUCGAUGGCGCAAAAGAUCUACGCUGAAAAUAGGCGAAAGGCGGAAGAAGCUCAUAGACUCAUGGAAAAACUAGGUCCCAAGAUAGAACUACCUUUAUAUAAUCAACCGUCGGAUACGAGUGUAUACCAGGAGAAUCGUACGCGGCAUCAAACGUGUAUGCGAACCAGACUCAUAGCGAGGCUGCGGAGAGAUCAUACUGAGCGUGCGUCUCUUCAUCAGCAGCAAACGCAAACGUAUACAAUCUUGGUUCAAGAAUGGCAUCGGAAGGUAGAACGGCUGGAGGCGACGCAGAAGAGGAAAUCGAAGGAAACAAAGAACCGCGAGUUCUUCGAGAAGGUGUUUCCCGAGUUGCGAAAACAAAGGGAAGACAAGGAGCGUUUUAACAGAGUUGGUGCUCGCAUCAAGAGUGAAGCCGAUCUUGAAGAGAUAAUGGAUGGUCUACAGGAGCAAGAGGAAGAAACAUUGCAAGAUUUAAAAAAUUUCAUUAAAGCCUAUCAGUUGGAGGAUAAGAAGAUGCGUUCGUAUGCAGUUAUACCGCCUUUGCUGUUGGAUGCGAAGCAACGAAGGAUCGCCUUCCAAAAUCGGAAUGGACUGCUCCAACCGGAAGAGUUGGAAGCUUUGCACAGUGAGCGUAAAUUGAUCAAUGUAUGGAGUUCCGUGGAGCACGAAUCGUUCAAAGAAAAAUACCUUCAGCACCCUAAAAAUUACGGAGUGAUAGCUCAAUCAUUAGAACAUAAGGGCGUUCCAGAUUGUGUACAUCACUACUACCUCACUAAGAAAACGGAGAAUUAUAAACAGCUUUUACGAAAGUCGCGUCAACGAACGCGUAGCUCUCGAAAUAAUCCGAAUAACAAAGUAAACAAUACCAGCUCGACUAUCGGAUCUAUAGAUAUUUUAACGACGGGAGUAACGACGAGGUUACAGCGAGAGCAACAAAAGACUCAGGAAAAUCCCAUAGAUAUUUUAACGGCAGGGAUAACGACGAGAUUACAACGGGAGCAGCAACAAAAGACUCAGGAGAAUCCUCAGAAUAGUUCGGUAACUGCUACAACUACAUCUACAACGAGUACCACGGUUACAUCGAGCGUGUCGUCGACAACCGUUACGACCACGACGGUAACGACGACGACGACUCCCUUGAGCUCGGCAGCAUCGGGCGUUAGCGUAACGGCAGAUUCCGUAACGGCUUCAACGACAACGACAACGACAUCAGUUUUGAACACAACAGCGUCGAGUAUCUCGGCGACAUCGACGACGUCUAGCGCGAAAGAUUCUAGGGAAACGAGCAAGGAGAACAAGGAAAACAAGACCGAUUCGAAGGAAUCUCAUCUGGUAAAGAUGGAUUCAAAGGAAGAAGCGCAAUUGGAGACGGGAAAGGAUAUUAAAGUAAUAAUGGAAGGAAAAGGUGCGUUAUCUUCAUCUGCCUCCUCGUUGAACAUCAACUCGACGAAUGUCUCGACUAUUCAGUCGGACUUUAAGGAAUCCAGUAAAAAGAAACCAGGUUGCAGGGACACAAGUGGCAGUGGUGCUAAUGUUGCAACCAGUAGUAGGAUAAAGGACAAGAAGAAGGAAAAUCAUACUCCCAUGGAGACCAGUGACGAAGAAACAUCGUCGAUCGACGUCGUCGAGAGCGGCAAGCAGAUAGGACCUCACGCUUGCACAGUGUGCCAAAGUGUCGUCGCACAUAGUCGCGCGUUGUCGCGUAGCCAGGCGUCGCAAUACGGUCUACGGGAGGAUCAGGUGCCGGCUGGUGCGCGUGUCUGUAACACCUGCAGAUGCAAGGUUGUCCGACGUUACACCACCUGCCCGUUGCCCGGCUGUCCGAAUCUAAACAGCUCCAAAUCCAGAAUAAAACGGCUGAGAGCGUUGCCCUCCAAAUGGCUCGAUCUGCCGCUGGACGUCCGCGAACCGAUCGCUCAAGAAUUCCAGAUACCGAAUAAUGCGACGAAAUGCUGCUCGGCUUGCUUCAGCCGUAUAUCGCGUCGACUAGCGCCGCAUCUCACCGGCGGUACCGAAGCAUCCGAGGAUGGCGCCGAUGCGAUGUUGCGCCAAUGGACAGACGAGGAGUUGGAGCAGUUGCGUAAAGCGCUUCGAGAAUACGGCACUAAUUGGCCAAAAAUCGCCGAACAAAUACCCGGCAAGACGAGUCAGCAGUGCAAAAACUAUUAUUUUGCUUACCGAAAAAAGUUGAGUUUCGAUCAAGUUGUCAGCGAGUAUUAUACAUUGUUGGGCGAGGAACGGAGGCCGCCGUACGUGACUGAUGAGGAGGAAAGUGGAAGUAGUACAAGUAGUUGCGAUGAAUUAGCCGUUCAUGAUUCGAGUGAUACCGCUAGCGCAGGAAGUCCAGCGACCACCAUGACGGGUAGUAACGCAGCGGUGAUACCGAGCGGAGGUCCUACAGCGAUAUCUUUCCAACGACCCAGCGAGCUCGGAUCGUUGGAAAAACUCAGUGAAAAAAUCUCUGACAUAGCCGUAGUAUCACUUGUUCCACCUGCCGGCUCUUCGCAUCAGUCUUCCAGCAGCGGCGGUGCUGCAGCUACAUCCGGUGGCGCUAGGGAGGACUAUGAUAGCUCUGCCACGGAGACGGCGGACGAAGGUCAGGGAGGUACUGAUUUAGAUAAUGGUAGUGUUGUGGUGACUAUGACAACCGCCAGCGGCAACGCAACAUCGUUGCAACAACAGAGUCAACAUCAGCAACCACCGCCAGUCGUAGCUCAUUCACCUCCUUCAACAACAAGUAAUUCAAAUCCUCUCACUGUCAAGGAUCUUAUGCUGGGAGUCAUCGAGAUGCAAUUAAAACGCACUCCUAAUAGUCCGGCCGAUAAUGGCGGCUCAUCCGCACCUAACAGUUCCGGUACGCCGACGAUAUCCAGUAUCUUGAAAACAGAUCACCGCAAUGAUAUAACAUAUGUUCGCGGUUAUAAACCAUCCUCAAGUUUGACGAACACGGCGUUGCCCAAUAGAGAUACAAAUCUGGCAACACUCUCUGUUGUAUCAGGACCUCAUCAUGGUCAUCGAUCCGCUCCUAGUCCGCAGCAAAUCGGUCAGAUGCAAGCUACUAUUACUCCUUGCCCGCCAGCUGCGCCCAAUAGUCAAGCUUCGUCCUCGGAUCUACUUCCUAAGGAAGGUUUGGUUGUCAUGCAAGUACAGCAAGCGCUCCGAGAAACAGAAGGAACGCUGGAUCUGAGUAUUAAGAAGCCCCGACUACAACAGGAUUACAAUCAUUCGAUUCAAAUUCACAAGCCGCCGACGGUCACUCUCUAUCGACCGGAACCGCCGCCGGGAGCGUAUUAUCAUCCUCACACUACGCCUCAUCCUGAGCAGGGACGUAACGCGAAGAGUCCGUUAGUCUAUGCUUCGACGCCACGACCUCAGGCAUCUAUUACGCCGAAGAUGAACAAAAUCACCGUGCCACAAACACAUCCCAAACUCUCGCCAAAACUUAGCAGUAUGGGCACGCCGGGACACAAAGGUGGUUCUAUCACGCAUGGCACGCCUGUGUCCACAGCGCGUUACGAGGGUCUGUUGCGGCAAAUGACGCCACCGGGUAAUCCGCCGGUGAGCGGCGCCUCUGCGAAUGUUAGCGAACGUAGUAGUGGCACCGUCAACGCUAGCUCCGCUGGUCCGGGAGCGCCUAAAGAGACCGGAGGAGGCUCCAUUACUCAGGGUACACCAGUCCUUCCAUUUGCGGUAGACAAGCGUGGCGCGCCCAUAUAUGAUUAUCAUCGUACCAUUCGACAUUCACCCGUCACGGGUAGUGGCAAUGUGCCACCACCGCCGCCGGGACAGAGCUCUGCGAGUCAAUCGGCAUCGCCAGCCGUGGUAGUGAGUCAUGGCAAUCAAUACAACUCUUAUUCCGCGGGACGGCCGCCGCCUAGCUAUACGAUGGAACAGCAAUUGUCCAGCCGACAGAUCAUCAUGAAUGAUUAUAUUACCAGUCAGCAGAUGCAUGCACGCGCUCGUGGCAGUGGUAGCGCUGGUGCAUCCGUUACUGGCGAAAUGGCAGGUAAGAGCGAACCGCCACCGUCGUCAACCCUCUGCUACGCCAGCACGCCUCCCCCUCCUCCGCAGACGCAUACGCAGCCGCGACAGGGUGUUAUCCAGAGGCAUAAUACGCAAAAGCAAAUGCAUUAUCCGCCACAGCCACCGAUUAUGGAUGCAUUUUCCAACUUGGUAGAGGUGGCCAUUAAGCAACCUACUUUGCCGGUGCCACAUCCACACGGUCAUCCGGCUGCAUCUGGAAGCGGAGGUCAUGAAGGUCUGGGUAAAACGAUGGCGGAUCGUUUAUUGGCUGACCGUUAUGACAACAAUCGCGCGUUUCGCGAACAAGAGAUACGAAUGCAAGAACAUCGUAUGGCCGAACACAGACUCGCACAACAGCAUCAACGUGAGCGAGAAAGGGAACGUGAUAUCGUCCAUUUACGGGAAAAAGAAGAACAUCGUUUGCAUCGCGAAAAGGAAUUGCAGCAGCUGGAGCACCGUCUUGCAGUACAGCAGCAUUAUCAGCAUCGUGAAAAAGACUUUCAACAGCAGGAACAUCGUCUAGCGUCGCAGCGCGAGAAAGAUAUGCACGUCGAGCACACUCGUCUGCAGAUUCGGGAAAAAGAUAUUUCACACGAGCAUCGACUUAUACAUCAACAGCGAGAGAAGGAGAUCCAUCAGCAAAUGGCGGCCGCUGCGCAACGUGAGAAGGAACACGAGCAUCGUUUGGCCGUACAGCAACGCGAAAAGGAGAUACAACACCAGGAACAAAGACUUGCCAUUCAACAACAACGUGAGAAUGCUCACGUUGUUGGAUCUCCGAUCCAACAGCAUGCUGAACAUCGUCUGGCCGUACAGCAAGCGCAUCGCGAACGGGAUCUGGUGCACCAGCAUUUGCAUCAACAACAGCAACAGCAGCAGCAAAUGCAGCAACAUAUGCAACAGCAACAUAUGCAACAGCAACGUAUGGAAAUGGAGAGACGACACAUGCAGUUGUUCAGAGAUCAACAACAGCAGCAGCAGCAGCAGCUUGACCGAGACUCGUCAAGAUUAUUAAACAGUGGAUUCUCGCAGUCCUCUCGGCUUCAGCAGUCUCAGCAAUCUCAACAGCAGCAGCAGCAGCAAUCAUCAUCGCGACAGAGUCAAUCUUCCAGUCAACAACAGAACGACUCAUCGUCGACUCUCACAGCUGCCAGUCUGAUAGAUGCUAUCAUAACACAUCAAAUUAAUCAGGGCGUUGACAAUGCAAGUGCAAGUGGAUCUUCGACUAAUCAACCGACGCUUGCUGGCGAUCGGCUUUUCCAGGAAUUGCAUCGCGAAACUCCGCAAGAACCUAACGGUAUAGCUCAUAGUCCCGCCGGUGAAGGCAGCGGCAGUGGCGCAAGCGGUAAUGGAAGUGGCUGCAAAGCGAUGACUCUCGGCGAACAUGUUGAGCACAUUAUAUCUAAGGAUUAUGGUCCACCUCAUUCGUCGUAUAGACCUUACGGAUAUCCAAUCUCCGAGGAUCAAUGGAAGAGACGGAAACAUAAUGAACCAGAUUCAGUAAAGACCAGGGAUGAGCGUCAGAUAAUACGAGUUGCGCAGCAACAACAACAGCAACAGCAAACACAGCAGCAGCAGCAGACGCAGCAGCAUCAGUCAUCGGGAAAGCAACAAUACCAUUCGGUCGAGCCAGUUUCGCCGCCGGAAACAACCGCCAAUCACUACGGACGUCGCUUCUACGAACCGAGCACUGCCACAUCCACUUCCGGAACUCCCUCCAACAAGCCGCAUCAAAUAUCGCCGUUCGAUUAUGUGAAAAACAAGAUUGUUGAGGUGAUGCGCACCGAGGAUGACAAGUCUGGCGGCUGUGGCGGCAGUAGCGGCGGCGACAACGGCGCGAGCUCCGAUCGAAAUGGAGGUGGCAAUACGAUUGUAACGACAGAAAAAGAUGAAAAAGGAGCGGGGAGCGUAGAUAGAAGUCCAUCCGGUAAUGGCGGCAGCGAUCGCGGCGGCGGUGAGAUGGUGAUCGAUGACACGGGAGGGUCGACUCGUGAGCAGCCACCACCGCCACCGCCCGCACCGGCGGCCACGACUACCUUUUAUCCGUUUAGCGCGUUAGGAGUUCACACUGGUCCACCGCCGGCCCCACCACCCGUCUCCGUUACGUCCGCUUCUGUGACGAAAUCGGAGCAGAUGCAAGCCGAGCCAGCGCCCUUGCUGUCCGCGCAAUACGAGCCGCUCUCGGACGAGGAUUGAUAAUCUUCUAUAACCGCUCAGCGCUGUAGCUAGACUACUUUAUGCUAGCGAUACAAGCUAGUACGAUGACUACUGUACGGCAACAACAGAUAUUACGCAGAAAUGCAGGUGACAUAUAUGUUUCCUAGGAUAAUCAUAGGUGAUCAUCGGUUGAACGAUGAUUCAUUAUAUUGGACGAUUUAUUGACGCUCUACGGGCUUUACUCGCGAAAGUCACACUGCGUUCUUAUUGAUCGCCAAAUCCUAAUCUAAUUUAAGAGACUUCUUCUUUUUAUAUAUACGCAUAAAAAUGUAUUCAUAUGUGUAUAUAUAAAUAUAUAUAAAUAUAUAUAUCUAUAUAAAUACAUAUAUAUUUAUAUACAUGUAUAUAUUUAUGAGAAAUCGCGAUCUCUCCAACGAGGUAAGGGAUGCAGGAGAUUACAUAUAUAAUGUUUUAAAUGAAGAAAUCGCAUAAAUGUGUAUAUAUAUGUUGUUAUUUUAUGAAUUCUUUGUAAUUUCAUUGUAUUUUUAGUCGGAAAUCAUUCCCGCGUUACGCAAAGAGAAGCGAAUACGUUUAUAAAACAAAUAUUGAUUUUAUUUUUCCUUCUCAUGGUGUUGCGCUGGCUUUUCAGUUGAACAUAAAGCGGCGAUUAAUUUUAUUUACUAAUUAGUUAUUAUCGCGAUGUGUAUAUAUAUUUAUAUGUAUAUGUGUGUAUAUUGUAUGUAUAUUGUAUAUAUACACACACAUGUAUAUACAUAUGCACACACACACACACACACACAAGCGCGCGCGCUCACACACACACACAUAUUUACAUAUAUACAUAUAUACAUACACAUACUUACACAGAUACAUAUGCACACAUACGAUUUAUAAUGCCGAUAUGGAUACUAAAUAUGUAUAAAUAAAUAUAUAUUGUGUCAACGUGAA